CUGCAGCAGCAGAUCAUCACAGCUUCAUCAUGAACAUCCAGCUCAGUUUGUUCUGCUGCUUCUUCCUCUCUCUGCAGGACAGAACCAGCAGUUCUGCUAAUGCACCGAAUAAUAUAUAUGGAGCAGCUGGAGAAGAGGUCAGAGUUCAAUGUGCUGUUUCUCUGUUUGAAAACUGGAAGAUCUUCUGCAAGGAAAACUGUGAAGGAGGAGACAUCCUGAUUAAAACAAGACAACCCACCGAUCAGAGAGGAAGAUACAGAACUGAAUAUGUUAAAGAAUCCAGAGCUAAUGUUUUUUCUCUCUAUGUGAGCGUCUCAGAGCUGACCCGGUCUGAUGAAGGACGGUACCGAUGUGGUUUGGGCGACUCUUCAUCAUCAGCUUCAUACCAAGAGUUCAGGCUGGUUGUUGUAGACGCUCUGCUUCAUGGAAACAAAGUUCCUCACCUUUAUAAAGACGCUGGCAGCUCAGUGACUGUCGCCUGUUUCUUUAAACGCUCUGGAGGAAAACGACUGUUCUGCAGAGGAGAAUGUGGAAAAGAAGAAGUUCUAGUUCAGACUGAUGGAGUCAGAGAUGAGAAAGGCAGAUACAAUAUGAAAUAUGAAGAACAAAAAUCAGGAGCAGUUCUGUUGGUGACCAUCAAACAGCUGGUCCAGUCUGAUUCUGGACGGUACCGAUGUAAACUGGAUGGAACUGGUUCCAGUAGUUCAUACAGAGACUUUCAGGUCACUGUCAGAACUGCAGUCGACCCAUCAGCCUCCACAGCAUCAACUGGAACCAGUUUCAGCUCCAGUUCAGGAAGCUUCACACUUUCACUUCCCUCUGAAACCUCUGGUCUGAAUCAGGAGAACUCAACAUCUAAAGAUUCACCAAACCACAGGUCUGCAGAUGUUCUGCGGUUUGUGGCUCUGACUCUGGUUAUCAUCAUCAUCCUGUCGUCUGUGGUUCUGCUGGUUUGCUGCAGAGAAAGAUCUGAAAAACAUCACACAGUUUUUCCUGUGCAAACAGAGAAUCCUCCUGCUACUGAGAACUCCAAAAUGAAUGAAGACAUCACAGAGGAAGCUGAUGAGUGGAGAUCUGCUGAUGUGGAAAUCUACUCAGCUUACAGUGAAACCACAAACACCAAACCAACAGAAGCUGAAACCAACCGAGGCUGCAGCUCUGGAACUGCAACCACUUCUCAGCAACCGGCCGGAGACGUCUCGGUUCAGGUCGUCUAUGCAGAAGUAAAGUUCUCCAGCAGGAAGGAGGCGUCUCGUCCCAGAGCUUCCUGUGGAACCGUGACUGAUGUUCUCUACGCUGAUCCUCGGGUUGAUGGAAGCAGCCAUGAUGAGUCGCUUUACUCCACCAUAACUUAGCUUCAGCUCUGCAGCAGCCAUGUUUAUCCUCACAGAUCAGCAGGAAGCGUGAAGCGGAGCUGAAACCCUAAAACACAGAAACAGAAGCUGCAGCUCCUACAAGCAUCACCAGCAGCAUGAUUCAGACGGAGCUGCUUCACCUGUGGUUGACCCUACAGACUGCAUCACAUCAUGGUGUCUGGGUGGAAAUGGAUCCGAUGCUAAAUGCUAAAAUGCUAAAAUUAUUUUUCUUCUGUAAAAGAGCUCAGUGCUGGGAUAAUGAAAAAAUAUGAAAUAUGAAUAUAAGCUAACGUGAAAAAAAAGAUUAUUUAUAUAAAAUCUUUCAUGGGACAAAAACCACAAAUCACUUUAUAGUUCAAACAUGCAUAAAUAUAACAGCAUACAGUCUAAAACUAUUUAAAUUCAUUUUAAAAUGUCCAUGUAGACGAUAGAAACAGAUUCAAACUGGAACAACCAGCUGUCUGUUCCAUGUGUUGGGAAAAAGUCAAAACUGUUUCAUUUUCUUUCUAAACACUUAGUUUAAAUUUCCCAAUGUAAAAUCAAGUUGAUAAAAAAUUUAUUUUUAUGCAUAAGUAUAAAUAACUACAGUUAUUGAUAUGUUGCUAAUGUAAUAUUAUAAAAGAUGUUUGUACUGUUGCAGUUGGUGACACCAUGUUUUCUAUCUCUGACUUUAUUUUAAACUGAUGGGAAAAUCUGAAGCCACCUGACAUCUGACCACUGGGAGCAGAUGUGGAGACAUUUUUAACUUUACCCACAGAAAACAUCACAGAGUUAACAGAAUGGAUCAAUAAAUCGCUGUCCGGGAUCUGAUGGCCUUAUGCAGGACUUGGAGACUUUCUUGUGACAUGAA